UAAAAAGAAAAAAAAAACAUGUCUUCUCCUCAAACCAAAGUGCAGCUUCCGGCGUCGAGUCUCCCCACCCGUGAAAUCCCCGGCAGCUAUGGCAUUCCUUUCAUUAGUCCAAUCAAAGAUCGUCUCGACUACUUCUACAACCAAGGCCGAGACGAUUUCUUCAAGACCCGAAUGGAGAAAUACCAAUCAACCGUCUUUCGCUCCAACAUGCCACCAGGACCAUUCAUGGCCAAGAACCCAAAAGUCAUCGUCCUCCUCGAUGCCAAAAGCUUCCCCGUCCUCUUCGAUGUAACCAAAGUCGAGAAACGCGACGUAUUCACUGGCACUUACAUGCCCUCCACCUCACUCACCGGCGGCUAUCGAGCCCUCUCCUACCUCGACCCCUCCGAACCCAACCAUGCCAAAAUCAAACAACUCCUCUUCUUCCUACUCUCCAACCGUCACGACAAUUUCAUACCAGAAUUCACCAAAAGCUUCAGCACCCUCUUCGACAAUCUCGAAGCCGAGCUUUCUAAGAGUGGGAAAUCGGACUUCAAUACUCUAAAUGAUGUUACGUCAUUCAAUUACCUUGCGCAGGCGUAUUUCGGUAUAAACCCUUCUGAAACUAAGCUUGGCUCGAAUGGGCCUAAGAUGGCCGCGAAAUGGCUUUUGUUCCAGCUUCAUCCAUUAAUGACUCUAGGCUUGCCAAGGCUUGUAGAAGAGCUCCUUCUCCAUACAUUCCAUCUUCCUCCUUUCCUCGUAAAAUCCGAUUACAAGAAGCUCUACGAUUUCUUCUACGGCGCUUCAUCUAAAUUUCUAGAUGAGGCAGAGAAGAUGGGAAUUAAAAGAGAUGAAGCAUGCCAUAAUAUCCUCUUCGCCACGGUUUUUAAUACAUACGGUGGUAUGAAGGUGUUAUUCCCAGGGAUAUUGAAAUGGAUCUCCAUCGCAGGCCCUAAGCUGCAUCAGCAGCUUGUGGUCGAGAUCAGGACUACUCUUAAAUCCCACGGUGGGAAAUUAACGUUAGCAGCCAUCGAGGAUAUGCCAUUAACGAAGUCCGUUGUGUAUGAAGCAUUGCGGAUUGAACCACCAGUUAUGUUUCAGUAUGGAAAGGCGAAGACAGAUCUGACUAUCGAAAGUCAUGAUGCAGCAUUUGACAUCAAGAAAGGAGAGAUGAUUUUUGGGUUUCAGCCAUUUGCGACGAAAGAUCCAAAGAUUUUCAAUGAUGCUGAAGAGUUUAUAGGGAAUAGGUUUGUUGGAGAGGGAGAGAAGCUGUUGAAGUAUGUUCUUUGGUCGAAUGGACCUGAAACGGAGAGUCCGACGGUCGGAAAUAAGCAAUGUGCUGGGAAGAAUUUUGUGGUGCUGAUUGGGAGGCUUCUCGUCAUCGAAUUCUUCCUCCGUUACGAUACGUUUACGGCCGAUGUUGGGGUUCUGUUGUUGGGGUCGUCGGUGACGGUGACGUCGUUGACUAAGGCUACCUGAAAGUUGUGAUGUUGUCGGAAAUGUGGCGGGUGUGUCAGUUUCCGGUGGGUGGUAUUAGGGUAUAACUCAGUCUCCUGGUUUUACGUUCUUUGUUUCUUGUUAGUGAAUAGAGCAUCAGUUCCAGAAGUCUAAAU